AUGUUGGACGAAAAGCGUAUCCAGGUCCUGCUUGACAAGCAAGAGAUCUAUGAACUUCUGUGUCGCUACUGCCGUGCCGUUGAUCGCAUGGACAAGGAACUGGUCAUGUCCUGCUUCUGGCCCGGGGCGACGGAUAUUCAUCUGGGAAAAUACGGAAAUCUAUACACGGGCACAGCCGAGGAGUUCUUUGAUGCCGAGUGGGAAGGCUUCAAGGAGUUCACCGCGUCACAGCACUACAUCUGCAACCAUCUGUGCGAAGUGGACGGGGACCACGCCUUUGCUGAGACCUACCAGUUCUCCUUUUAUUGGAAGCAGCCCGGCGAUGAGCCCACGCGCAAUGUACAAAACUCAAACCGAUACAUUGACAGAUUUGAACGGCGGAAUGGCGAAUGGCGCAUCAGUCAUCGCCAAUUCAUUCGCAAUUUCAGUUUUCCCAUCCAGCCCAGGGGGUUUCCUUCGGUCGAAAAUGGCUGGCCUAGUCUGGUGCAGAGUCGAAAGGAUCCGGCAUAUGCGGGAGUGACCAAGUUUUGA